UAACCCAUGUAUUACAGUCCCAAGCUACAAGUCUAAGAAAAAGCCCAGUACAAGCAUAAAGAAACAAGUCUUCGUUUCUUGUUGUUGUGGUCUACUGUUUAAAAGUGAUACAGAGAGAUGUAAGUGUUUUAUAAUCACAUCCACUAAACCCUGUUUUAAGGCCUCUGUAAAUAACACUUGGUUAGUUGGUUUAGGAUGAUCAAUACAAAAAUUGAAACACACACAUUGUAAGAGUUUGUAACUACACCAAGUAUAUGUUAUAACUUAGAAACUAGAAUUAAGUUAUCCUGCAGGAUCGACCGACACUUCUCCAAUUUUUCAAAUAUAAUCUAGCUGUUGUCAAUAUAUCUAUUAUAUGAAUAGUCCUUUAUUGCGGGAAUGCGUAUAAUUUAAACACUAGAGAGAAGAACAUUAAACGUGCUCAAAACAUUAAAGAAUACUACUAUAAAAUUAAAAUAAUUUCAUUUUGUUAGAUACAAAGUUUAUUUUACAUCUAUAAAUACCAUACAUCUACAAUAGUCCAUCUUCAUCUCAAACAAACAAUCACAAAAAAGCCCUAGAAAACACAAAGAUGGGUGUCCGUACGCACCUCAUCGUCUUCGUCUCCAUUUUUACAGCCAUAACUCUGAUAUCAGAAGCCCAGUACCUUAUUCCGGUCAUGAAACACGAACCCUCCAAACAAUAUUAUACCACUGUCAAUAUCGGAGCCGGCGGAAUGUCGUCUCCCGUUAACCUCCUCCUCGACCUCGGAACCAACCUCACGUGGCUCAACUGCCGCAAAAUCAGAUUAUUAUCAUCACUCCACGUCGUCAGUUGCAAGAGCCCCAUCUGCAAAUCAAUCCCCGGCAAUGGCUGCGACGUCAAAAACACCUGUCUUUACACGCAACCAAGGCCUCUCGGUAAAAACACCGCAGUGGCCACCGGCCGUGUUGUUCAAGACAACGCCACCAUCUUCACUACACAAAUAGGAAAACCAAUCUCCAUAGCCCCUUCCCGCCGCUUCACAUUCUCCUGCGCCGUCGAGAAAUACCUCCAAGGCCUUGCCCCUCCCAUCGCCGGAUUUGUGGCUCUUUCUCUGGGAGAGUUUCCCUUCUGGAGACAGAUAGCGUCAGCGUAUAACGUCAUCCCGAAGUUCGCUCUCUGCUUGCCUUCUUCCAGCCUCGGGUACUUCUAUAUCGGCACCCAUUCGUUCGGUGGCAGUAACCCCGUUCCGAUGACUUUGACGCCGUUGAAAAUUGACUCGGGAAAAUAUCUAGUCUCUGUUACCUCGAUCUACGUUGACGGAGUUCCUUUAACGUUGGACCCAAGUUUGCUUGCGGGCGGAGCCCAGCUCAGUACAGUGGUUCCAUACACCGUACUUCAAACCGAUAUCUACAAUGCUCUUGCUCAGUCUUUUACUCUUAAAGCAAAGAAUAUAGGAAUGUCUGAGACCCUAGAACAUCCACCAUUUAAACACUGCUUCGAAGAAGGCGCUUCCGGGAAGAACAUGGAUGUAUCGGUGAUGGAAAUUGGGCUGCCAGGGAAUGGAAAGGAGGUGAAGUGGAGGUUUCAAGGUGCGAAUAUAGUGGAGAGAGUAUCAGAGACGGUUAUUUGUUUGGCGUUCGUCGACGGAGGAAAUAAAUCUAAUGAGUUCAUGAUCAUUGGGACACAUCAGCUUUAAGAAUAUUUGAUUGAAUUUGAUUUAAGAACCACGCGAAUGGCUUUUAGUGACCCACUCAUGCUCCAUAACACUAGCUGCUCCACGUACCCUUCCCAGCUUUAAGAUAUCGUCUGCGCUGAUGUAUUUUUUCAAAAAUAAGUUGCUACUUGUUUUUCAUGUCACUAUUAUAUAUCAUACUAAGAUAAGGCGCGGGAUAAGAUGAUUAAAUUUGUUAUUUUGAAGAUAAGAAAACAUUAGAUAUGUUUAAUUUGGAUAUUAGUUUGUUUUGAGUUGGUUGUUUCGGGUUUUAAUAUGGUCCAAUUCUAUAACUACAUUUUAAAUCAAUUAUUUUGUUCGGUUAUAAUGGUUGAGGUUUUUGAUUUUAUGUUGAUAACCCAAAGACUAAAAGUAUUUAUUUGGUUUCAUGUUAUAUGAAUUUUAGACAAUUCUAAUGUCAACCAAUCAUUUCAUAUUAAAAUUUCUAAACGGAUGCAAAAUUAAAUCAAAUUGAGGUAAUUGUUGACGAAAAAAAGAAAUUUAUAAAAAAACAUUUCAGUACAAUUUGGUUAAUAGUAAGAUGACGUCCCAUUAAAAAUAGAUUUUUCCGAAAUUACUAUAGAUUUAGAAUCGAAUAUUUAAUU